UGGCUCAACUCUUCACUUGCAACAAUGGUUUGGGCCAGACCCUGCCUUCUCUCUUUCAUCUUGCUUGUUGCCCGUGUAGCUGCAGUAUCUAUUAAGCAUCCUUCUAAAGAAAAUGUACGUGAUGCAGUUUUUGAUGAGCAGAAGGAUAUUUCAGAAAUCAAUUUAGCUGCAGGCUUGGACCUCUUUCAAGGGGACAUCCUCCUACAGAACUCCAGAAAUGGCUUGAGAAACCCCAAUUCCAGGUGGAAGUUCCCCAUUCCUUACAUUCUGGCUGACAAUCUAGAGCUGAAUGCCAAAGGAGCCAUUCUCUAUGCCUUUGAGAUGUUCCGCCUCAAGUCCUGUGUGGACUUCAAACCCUAUGAAGGAGAGAGCUCAUAUAUCAUAUUUCAGCAGUUUAAUGGGUGCUGGUCUGAGGUGGGGGACCGACACGUGGGGCAGAACCUUUCCGUUGGCCUGGGAUGUGACUAUAAGGCCAUCAUUGAACACGAGAUCUUGCAUGCCUUGGGAUUUUACCAUGAGCAGUCAAGAACUGACCGGGAUGAUUACGUGAACAUCUGGUGGGAUGAAGUUCUUCCAGGCUUGGAGCACAACUUUAAUGUCUAUGAUGACGACUUCAUCACGGACUUUAACACGCCCUAUGAUUAUGAGUCUCUGAUGCACUAUGCGCCUUUCUCAUUUAACAAGAACGAUAGUGUCCCUACGAUCACAGCCAAGAUCCCUGAGUUUAACUCCAUCAUUGGGCAGCGCCUGGAUUUCAGUGCCCUUGAUUUGGAGAGACUGAACCGAAUGUACAAUUGCACUGCAACUCACACCCUUUUGGACCACUGUGCUUUUGAGAAGGCAAACAUCUGUGGGAUGAUUCAGGGUACCAGAGAUGAUGCCGACUGGUUCCAUGAGGACAGCACCCAGCCUGGACAAGUGGAUCACACCUUGGUGGGACAGUGCACAGGUGCCGGCUACUUCAUGCUCUUCAACACCAGCUCCGGGGCCGCGGAAGAGGCAGCCCUGCUGGAGUCCCGGAUUCUUUACCCAAAACGGAAGCAGCAGUGCCUGCAGUUCUUCUAUAGAAUGACAGGCAGCCCUUCAGACAGACUCGUCGUCUGGGUCAGGAGGGACGACAGCACGGGCAACGUCCGCAAGCUGGUCAAGGUGCAGACCUUUCAAGGAGAUUUUGACCAAAAUUGGAAAAUUGCCCAUGUGACACUCAGAGAGGAAAAGAAGUUUCGCUACCUUUUCCAGGGCACAAAAGGUGACCCCCAGAACUCAAAUGGGGCGAUUUACCUGGAUGACAUCACUUUGACAGAGACCCCAUGCCCCACAGGGGUUUGGACAGUACGGAAUUUCUCCCAGGUCCUUCAGAACACUGUCAAAGGGGACAAGCUCCUGAGCCCUCGAUUCUACAAUUCAGAGGGAUACGGCUUUGGGUUGAGCUUGUAUCCUCAUGGCAGAUUAAGCUCCAGUAGCUCCAGCUACUUAGGACUCGCUUUUCACCUGUGCAGUGGCGAGAAUGACGCCAUCCUGGAGUGGCCGGUGGAAAACAGACAGGUGAUUAUGACAGUACUCGACCAGCAACCGGAUGUCAGGAAUAGGAUGUCCUCAAGCAUGGUGUUCACGACCUCCAAGUCCCAGACAUCUGAAGUAAUAAAUGGCUCCGUCAUCUGGGAUAGACCGUCCAUUGUGGGUUCCUAUCAUAAAGACUGUAAUUGUUUCAGAAGCAUUGACUGGGGCUGGAGUGGAUUCCUUUCCCACCAAAUACUGAAAAGAAGGAGCUUCCUCAAAAAUGACGACCUUAUAAUUUUUGUGGACUUUGAAGAUAUCACCCACCUUAACCAGACGGAAGUUCGUGUUAAAGACACAAGGCUGGUCCCCCAAGGCCUCAUUCUCCAGGGCCAGGAGCAGCAGCCCUCGGAAGGUUCAGGAAAGGCCUUGCUAGAAAAAGCGCUACCCAGCAGCCUGGGCCGGGAGCAGCCCAGCCGACAGAAGCGGUCAGUGGAGAACACAGGCCCCUUGGAGGACCACAACUGGCCACAGUACUUCAGAGACCCGUGCGACCCAAACCCUUGCCAAAAUGAAGGCGUCUGUGUGAAUGUGAAGGGGAUGGUGAGCUGCAGGUGUGUCUCCGGUCAUGCCUUCUUCUACACGGGGGAGCGCUGUCAGGCCAUGCAGGUGCACGGCAGCAUCCUGGGCUUGAUGAUUGGAGGCACAGCCGGCGUGAUCUUCUUAACCUUCACCAUCAUCUCCAUCCGUUCCAAAAGGCCGAGGCAGUGACCCACUGCUGACCGCAGCCCGCCUGCAGAAGUGCUUCCUCCACUCAGACCUUCCCUUCCCGCGCUCAGUGCAGUGUGGGUGGGUUUACCAGCCUUGUUUUGAGUAGGCUCUGAGGACUGUUAUGGUUUUACUGCCCCUCAGCCCCACAUGGUUCUAUUACCCUGUGUGCUCUGAAUGUAUCUCAUGUGUCCUGUGACAGUGCUCACUAGACUUCACUGUAAAUUGCUUGUUUAAUCGACUCUUUCCCUUAGACUGGAAGCUCCACAUGGGCAGGUUCUCAUUUACCGGGCUGGCCCCACUGCUAGAAGUGUGCCUGGCUGGCACAUUGUGGGCACUCAAUAAAAGUGAGUGAAUGAACCAAUAAUUGAAUGGAUAACUGAGUUAUUUAUGAAACUUUCUCAUUUCUACUGCAAGUAAGAUACAUGUAAUGAAACUCAUACAUCAUUUGUAUUAGAAUCAAAUACUUGCUUUCUUCAGACACAAGAGUGUUAUCACUCUUUUAAGACCUAACAUGUGCAAGGAUUUCACACAAGAUUCUUCCUGGUAGCAGAGCUUCAAAACAUUUGCUCUCUUUCCUCUACAUCUAGGGAAAGGAAAUCUACAUC